AUGGAAGAUCGAAUUAAAAAUAUUCUAAUCAAUGAAUAUAAAUUAAAUGUCGAAAAAUUGAAUUGUCUUGAAGGUGGUUAUCGUACAGAUGAAACAUAUUUAAUUAUAACAAAUGAUAAAAUAAAAUAUGUUGUUAAAUAUAUUGAAUAUAAUCAUUCUGUUAAAUAUCUUCAAACAAUAUUAGAAUUUGAAAAUAUUUUACAUGAUUUAUAUAAAUAUCCAUGUCCAAAUAUAAUUCAUUCAAAUAAUAAACAAUUAUUUAUAAUUGAUAAUAAUCGUUAUCUUUUUAUUCAAACAUUUAUUCAAGGAACCGAACUAACUAAAGAUAUUAUUGAGAAAAAACCUAUUUAUUUAUAUAAAAUGGGUUCGCUUUUAGCACAAUUAAGAAUAGCUUCAAUUGAUUAUUCAUUAAAUAUUCAUUUAAAUGAAGAAGAACAAGAAUUAACUGAUCAAUGGUGGAAUAAACAAAAUUUUAAUAAUAUUGAUAAAUAUCUUCUAUCAAAUAUAAUUCAAUGUAAAGAAUAUAUUUCGAAUUUAAAUUUAAAUUUAAAUUUCUCUCGUGGUAUUAUUCAUAAUGAUUUUCAUAUAAAUAAUUCGAUAAUAACAAAUGAUGAUAAUAUAUUUAUAAUUGAUUUUGUUGAUGCUUAUCAAUCAAUAUUUAUAUGUGAUUUAGCAACAUCUUUAUUUCAUUUAUUGAUUGAUGAUUAUUAUGGAGAAUAUCAAGCAAAUAUUUUUUUACAAGGAUAUCAACAAAUUUAUAAAUUAACAUUAGAAGAAAAAAAAUCUCUUCAAAUAUUUGUUCAAUUUAAAUUAACAAUGAGUCUUAUUGAAGAUUUACGUCAUACUGAGAAUUUAAAUGAUCCUUUCAUUCAAUCCUGUUUUCAUUUAUUAAAUAAACUAAAAAAUAAUUCCAAUUUAAUCAACAAUUUAUUCCAAUAA